AUGGCGUUGCCGAAAAGAAUAGUGAAGGAGACUGAGCGCCUUAUGGCGGAGCCGGUCCCUGGUAUCAAUGCUGUGCCUCAUGAAGACAACCUGCGUUAUUUCGAUGUAUCGAUCCAUGGGCCGGCCCAAUCUCCAUAUGAAGGUGGUAUCUUCCGUCUUGAACUGUUCUUGCCCGAAGAUUAUCCUAUGACUCCUCCCAAGAUUCGAUUCUUGACCAAGAUCUACCACCCCAACAUCGACCGUCUCGGACGUAUCUGCUUGGAUGUCCUGAAGAACAACUGGUCCCCUGCGCUCCAAAUCCGUACAAUUCUGCUCUCUAUCCAAGCCUUGCUCGGAGCUCCAAACCCAGAUGACCCGCUUGCAAAUGAUGUCGCUCAACGCUGGAAGGAGGAUGAGCCGGCUGCGAUACAGACCGCUCGGGAAUGGACCAGAACACAUGCCAUGACUUAG